CCAACAACCUUUGUCGCUUUCCGGCAGUCGUCACGCCAUUCGCCAUGCGCUAGCAGCAGCUUCUUCCACACAUCCCAACUACACUCCCGUGCUGUCCGGAGAGAGGAAUUGAUGGUGGGCGGGAAGGGAGAAUCCAAGUCGCGGGAGGCCGAGGCCGAGGCCUUGGUGGUCUGCGGCGACAGGAACAUGGGAGCGGGAAUCAACCUCUGGGACUUGGACUCGGGAAAUUGCCUUCUUCACAUCCCGACUUGCGCUUCUCCUACUCAUGGUCUGCUGUGCUUGAGAGGUCAGGUUCUCGUCGCUUCUCAGGCCAACAGGCAUGGCUCCGUUGGUUGUGGGGCAAUCUUCGCCUGGCAUUUGAAAAAGCCCCAGUCGCCGAUACGGAGCUACCCAAUUGAAGCCAUAGGGCCACUUGCCAGCACCUUUAAUGGGAUGUAUCUGGUCGGCGGUGCGUUUUCAGGAAAUGCCUAUCUAUGGGAGGUGACUAGUGGAAGGUUGCUGAAAACUUGGCGAGCCCAUCAUAAAUCCUUGAAGUGCAUUGCUUUCUCUAAUGAUGAUUCCAUUCUUAUAUCUGGAUCGGAUGAUGGGAUGAUUAAUGCAUGGUCAGUAAUUGGCUUGCUAGACGUGGAAGAUGUUGGAAUCUCAUCCUCGCUGUUGUACUUUUCAAUGGAGCAUAAAUCCUCGAUAACUUCUCUGUUAUCUACAUCAGGCAUUUCCAACUCGUGCUUUAUAUCUACUUCCCUUGAUUCCACUAGCAAGGUGUGGGACCUAGUCUCCGGUAGACUGAUACAAACGCGAGAGUAUCCGACUGGUAUAACUGCAGCUACCCUGCAUCCAACCGAGCAACUUAUUUUCUGUGGGAGCACAGAUGGAAGAAUAUUUGUCAGUGGUCUUGAUCUUGGACUUGUAGAUGAACCUAUUGCUGGUGUAGAAGAUCAGCAGGGUGUGCUGAAAGGACAAAAUGGGUCCAUAACGGCAUUGGCCUUUAGCAAAUACGGGUUGAUAUCUGCAUCAACAGAUAGCACUGUCUGCCUCUGGGAUAUAGUUUCUCAGGUGAUUGUUUGGAGAAUUGACCAUCAGAAAGGACCGGCUACUAAUCUUGUCGUGGUUCCACAUUGUUCAGAGCUAUUUACAUCACCAUCAAGUAGUCACGAAAAGAAUUCAAGUCAGUUUUGUUUUUCUUCGCUGGACAAGUGUACUCAGCAGGCUGGCCCAUCUGAAGGAGUGAUUGCCCUCCCUCCCUCGUGCUGCUUAUACCCAAAUGAUUUCCAAAGUUCUUUGGACCAUCAAAUAUUCGAGAUGGAGGUCUUCACCUUUGUCAACCUUAGCAUACUUUCUGACAAUUGCUUAACUUAGACGACCAAAGAGCUCCCUUACUUUACUGCCUCCUCUAUAUGCUAAUACCACCAGCAAGAACAAACACCAGAAACCAUGCAAAUGAAGUUAGAGACGAUCAUGGGGCAGCGGAUGUGGGCAACGCAAAUGACGAAGCACGUAAUGGAAAUGAACAAGCACUUACAAUCUAGGGUGCUAGACUUGAUGCAGGUCAGGCUACUCUUGGCUGGCAACAAUGUCACUUCAGGGAAGAACAAGAAGCUUGUGACUGAAAGUAAAGCUCCAUCCGAAGAAGAGGUCUCAUCCCAAGUCUGAGUUUCAGUGAACAAGGCUCUUCUGAUUGGAAUACUUGAAACAUGAUUCUUCCCCACUGCCCUUUUGUGAUUGGAAAAUUGAAUACUUGAUUUUUCCAUUCAAAUACAUACUCUUCCAGGCUCCAGCUACUCACUUGUAUCUUCAAACAUUCAGUUUUAACUCGGAUGCAGAUCUGUCAAAUUUGAACCUGUCUACUCGUUAUAUCAGCAAUUUUUUUCCG